AUGGAUCACUUUCUGGACAAUCUGAAGCCAUUAUAUGGAUUGUUUCAAUAUAAUUCCAGUAUGAUUGGACUAGAAUCACUAGCCGAUCCCUCAGAUACCUGGGAAAUUAUAGAGACUAUUGGGAAGGGCACUUAUGGUAAAGUUUAUAAGGUUGCCAAUAAGAAAGAUGGGAGCCUGGCAGCAGUAAAGAUUCUGGAUCCUAUCAGUGAUAUAGAUGAAGAAAUUGAAGCAGAAUAUAAUAUUUUGCAGUUUCUUCCCAAUCAUCCUAAUGUUGUUAGGUUUUAUGGAAUGUUUUACAAAGCAGAUCAAUAUGUGGGAGGACAGCUCUGGCUAGUACUUGAGCUGUGCAAUGGAGGUUCUGUCACAGAGCUUGUCAAAGGCUUGCUGAAGUGUGGCCAACGGUUGGAUGAAGCUAUAAUCUCAUACAUUUUAUAUGGUGCUCUCUUGGGCCUUCAGCAUUUACACAAUAACCGGAUCAUUCAUCGGGAUGUGAAAGGGAACAACAUUCUCCUGACAACAGAAGGUGGAGUCAAGCUCGUUGACUUUGGUGUUUCAGCCCAGCUCACCAGCACACGGCUACGUAGAAACACCUCAGUGGGGACACCCUUUUGGAUGGCACCUGAGGUCAUUGCUUGUGAACAACAGUAUGACUACUCAUAUGAUGCUCGAUGUGACGUGUGGUCCUUGGGAAUAACAGCUAUUGAACUGGGGGAUGGAGACCCUCCUUUAUUUGACAUGCAUCCGGUGAAAACUCUUUUUAAAAUUCCAAGAAAUCCUCCUCCUACUUUGCUACAUCCUGAAAAAUGGUGCAGAGGAUUCAACCAUUUCAUUUCACAGUGUCUUAUCAAGGAUUUUGAACAACGUCCUUCAGUCACCCACCUUUUGGAGCAUCCAUUUAUUAAACAAGUGCAUGGUAAAGAUAUGUCUCUGCAAAAACAGCUGGCUGAGCUCAUCCAAGAACAACAGCAGCUAGGCUCCGUAGCCAAAACAAGGCAUGAACGAAUACAUACUAGAAGACCUUACCACGUGGAUGGAGCUGACAAAUACUCUCUAGAUGACGAUCUCGUGAAUCUAGAACUUCUAGAUGAGGAUACAAUUAUCCAUCAGCUGCAGAAACGCUAUGCUGACUUACAAAUUUAUACUUAUGUUGGAGACAUUUUAAUAGCCUUAAACCCUUUCCAGAAUCUCAGCAUUUAUUCUCCCCAGUUCUCCAAGCUUUACCAUGGUGUGAAGCGUUCCUCCAAUCCCCCCCACAUAUUUGCCUCUGCAGAUGCUGCCUAUCAAAGUAUGGUCACAUUCAGCAAAGAUCAAUGCAUUAUCAUCAGUGGGGAAAGUGGUGCUGGAAAGACAGAAAGUGCCCAUCUGAUCGUCCAACAUUUGACCUUCUUGGGAAAGGCCAGUAACCGUGCUUUGCGUGAGAAAAUUCUUCAGGUGAAUCCUCUGGUUGAAGCAUUUGGAAACGCCUGCACUGCCAUCAAUGACAACUCCAGUCGCUUUGGAAAAUACCUGGAAAUGAUGUUUACACCUACAGGAGCAGUAAUGGGGGCCAAGAUUUCUGAAUAUCUACUCGAAAAGUCAAGGGUCAUAAAACAGGCUGUGGGAGAGAAAAAUUUCCAUAUAUUUUACUAUAUUUAUGCUGGCCUUUAUCAUCAGAAGAAACUUUCAGAAUAUAGACUUCCUGAUAAAAAGCCUCCUAGAUAUAUUGAUAAUGAAACUGGAGGAGUAAUGCAUGAUAUUAUUACUAAAGAUUCCUAUGGAAGACAAUUUGAAGCAAUCCAGCAUUGCUUUAGAAUUAUAGGAUUCACUGAUGAGGAAGUGUACUCAGUGUACAGAAUUCUGACUGGAAUCUUGAAUACUGGAAAUAUUGAGUUUGCUGCCAUUUCUUCACAACACCAAACAGAUAAAAGUGAGGUUCCCAACCCAGAAGCCUUAGAAAAUGCUGCUGCACUACUAAGUAUUGGGUCAGAAGAACUUCAAGAAGCCCUGACCUCCCACUGUGUUGUAACACGAGGGGAAACCAUUAUCCGAACAAACACCGUGGACAAAGCAGCUGAUGUGAGAGAUGCCAUGUCUAAAGCACUUUAUGGCCGGCUCUUCAGCUGGAUCGUAAAUCGUAUUAAUACGCUGCUUCAGCCAGAUAAAAAUAUAUGCAGUGCUGAAAAUGGGAUGAAUGUUGGAAUACUAGACAUAUUCGGAUUUGAGAACUUCGCAAGAAAUUCCUUUGAACAGCUGUGCAUAAAUAUCGCUAAUGAACAGAUCCAGUUUUAUUUCAAUCAACAUAUCUUUGCACUUGAGCAGAUGGAAUAUCAGAGUGAGGGAAUUGAUGCUACUACAGUGGAGUAUGAGGACAACCGUCCACUUCUAGAUAUGUUCCUUCAGAAACCCAUGGGUCUUCUGUCUCUACUAGAUGAAGAAAGUCGAUUUCCUCAGGCAACAGACCUAACCUUAGUUGACAAAUUUGAAGAUAACUUACGAUGCAAAUACUUUUGGAGACCAAAAGGAGUAGAACUGUCAUUUGGUAUUCAGCACUAUGCUGGAAAGGUAUUAUAUGAUGCCUGUGCAUUCCUUGAGAAGAACAGAGACACUCUUCCUGCUGAUGUUGUGGUGGUAUUGCGAACUUCAGAGAACAAACUUCUUCAGCAGCUGUUCUCUAGCCCAUUAACGAAAACAGGUAACUUGGCACAGACAAGAGCCAGAGUGACAGCAGCAUCUAGGUCUUUGCCUCCACAGCUUAAUGCUGGGCGUAUCAAGGUUGACACGAUGGAGGUUAUGCGACACCCCGAGGAAACAACUAACAUGAAGCGGCAGACUAUGGCUUCAUAUUUUAGGUAUUCCCUCAUGGAUCUUUUAUCCAAAAUGGUUGUUGGACAGCCCCACUUUAUCCGCUGCAUUAAACCUAAUGAUGAUCGAGAAGCUCUGACAUUUUCUCAUGAGAGAGUUCUGCUGCAGCUCCGGUACACUGGAAUUCUGGAAACGGUCAAAAUACGUCAAAAAGGGUAUUCUCAUCGCAUCCUCUUUGAAGAGUUUGUGAAAAGGUAUUAUUACCUUGCAUUCAAGGCACACGAGACUCCCCUUGGUAGCAGAGAAAACUGUCUUGCCAUUUUGGAGAAAUCUAAACUAGACAACUGGAUUCUUGGGAAAACCAAGGUUUUUCUAAAGUAUUUCCAUGUAGAGCAGUUAAAUUUGUUACUGCGAGAAGUUAUAGGGAGGGUGGUGGUCAUGCAAGCCUAUAUCAAGGGAUGGCUUGGAGCAAGGAGGUACAAGAAAGUCAAAGAGAAAAGAGAAAAUAGUGCUACUACCAUACAGGCAGCCUGGAGAGGAUAUGAAACUCGCAGGAAGUACAAGGAAAUAAGGAACAGAAGAACUGAUGCUGCUAUACAUAUUCAAGCAGGUAAUUAA